GUGACAUUUUGAAAUAAAUCCAUACAUUCGCAAAACUGCAUUACAACUGCAAUUUUACCUAAAUUUCGCUUUAUAUAUCCAAAGGAGAUCUAUAAUUUCAACUCGAAUCAAUAGUACAUGACAAUUAUGUUAUAAUUUAUGAAAAUUCGUUGACUUAUUCGGCGUAAAGUUUUUAUUUUAUUCCUUAUAAGGAUAGAUAAACUGAGUGAAGAUGUCGGAUAAGGCGUUAACGCUGGGUCAGCGUGUGAUGGUGGUCGGGAAGGACGUGAAAGGUUCUGUGGCUUAUGUCGGUCAUCCUACAUUUGCCACUGGAAAGUGGAUUGGUGUGAUUCUCGACGAGCCGAAGGGAAAGAAUAACGGUACUGUGAGAGGACAUGCGUAUUUUACGUGUGAAGAAAAUUAUGGCGUGUUUGUACGUCAGACUCAGAUCCAGUUGUUGGACUCUGAGGACAAUCCAAUGGAGACAUCCAUCACCACUCCCUCGGAGGAGUCUAAGAGUGCGCCAGGCCGGAGAUUAAGCAGUAUAACAGUGGCCCAGAGGUCUAGACCCACCACGGUGCGUCGCAAGGCGUCCCCUGCGCAGACCAAAGCCGGCACGUUGUCCAUGUCGAGCUCGCGCACGUCUCUAGCAAGCAGUAGGCAGUCGCUUACGUCGUAUGCCUCCCCCACCACCGAGCGGGCGUCCUCGCCCGACCUGGCCAAGCGUGCGUCCUUCGUCGAGACCGGCUUCGUAGAGACGCUGACGCCGCAGUACACUCCCGGGCAGAGUAUCACGUCGCCGCAGCCCGCCGCCUCCUCAGUCGAAGACAAGAUAGCCAACAUGCAGGCGCAACAGGAGAUUACUCAGCUGAAGUCCGAAGUGGAAGACCUGAAGGAGAAGCUGGAGACGCUGAAGGUGCGGCGCGCCGAGGACCGUGAGAAGCUGCGCGAGCUGGAGCGGCUGCGGCUGCAGCUCGAGCAGGCCAACGAGUUCAAGACCAAGAUCAUGGAGUCGCAGGCGCAGCUGCAGCGCGACCUGCAGAGGGCUAAGCAGGAGAUCCGCGAAGCCCAAGAGGCACUCGAGGCGCAUAACGACGAGACGGCGGAGUUGUCCGAGGCGGCUGAAAUGGCCGCCCUGGACAAGGAGAUGGCCGAGGAGCGCGCGGAGGCGCUGCAGAUGGAGCUGGAGCAGUGCCGCGAGAAACUCGAGGAGGCCACCCUGGACCUGCAGCUCAUGAAGGCAGAGAUGGAGGCGGGAGGAAACAUACCAUAUUUAUACCCGGGGUGUCAUUCGUACUCGCAAGCGAGCGACGGCGCCACCGGCUACGAGAUGCGCCAGCUGCAGCAGCAGAACAUCCGCCUGCGCGACACGCUCGUGCGCCUGCGCGACCUCUCCGCGCACGACAAGCACGAGAUGCAGAAGAUGCACAAGGAUCUAGAGCAGUACAAGUCGGAGAUAGCGGAACUGAGCCGCACCAAGGAGAAGCUGUCCUCGCGCGUGGAGGAGCUGGAGGCGCAGGUGGCCGACCUUCGGGAGCAGGUAGACGCCGCGCUCGGCGCCGAGGAGAUGGUCGAACAGCUGGCCGAGAAGAAGAUGGCAUUGGAAGACCAGGUGGAACAACUGAAACAGGACGUGAGCGAGCUGGAGGCGCUGCAGGAGGUCCACGAGCAGCUGGUGGAGUCCAACCGCGAGCUCGAGAUGGAUCUGCGCGAGGAGUUGGAGAUGGCGCAUGCCGCCACCAGGGAGGCCAUACGGGAACGAGAAGCGGCCAUGGAGACCAUAAUGGACCGCGACGCGACCAUCUUGAAGUUCAGGGAGCUGGUGCAGAAGAUGACCGAGCAGUCCAACGAGCUCAAGAACCAGCUCGAGUCCAAACAAACGCCAGAGUCGGACAGCUUGAAGCCGGAAGCGGAGUCGCGGGCGGAGCCUGUGCCGGGCGCGGGCGCGGGGGCGGGGGCGGGCGGCGCGGGCGCGGAGCUGAGCGCGCUGGUGGCGGCGUCGCGCGCCUCCACGCGCUCGGUGGACCUGCAGCUGCGCGCGCUGGAGCUGGCGCAGGCGCGCGCGCGCGCCGACAUGCUCGCCGCCUGCCUGCCCGACCACUUCAUGCACGCUGCCGGUGACCAUGACGCCAUCCUGCUCAUUCUGCUGCUGCAGAGGUUGAACACUAAGGCCGAGAUCAUACUGGGACAGAUUCGGGAAAGGUUCCCAGCAGUGAAUGUGUGGGACAGAGAGGUGGUGAUGAAGACCCACACGGCUGUACAGUACAGCUUCCGUUGCCAGUUGGAGUAUCAGUUGCACAUGAUACAGUGCGUGGUGAGCAUGUGGAGCCUGGCGCUGGACACGUGCGCGCCGGAGACGCUGCUGCGCGCCGCCAGCGCGCUGCCCGACGCCGCGCAGCAGGAGCGCGCGCUCGACGCCGCCGCGCACCUCCUCAAGGCCAACGAGCUCGACGAGAACUGCUCGCUCGACGGUAUCGAGCGGUGCUGGACGUACCUGGCGGCGAUGUGGUCGGCGCUGAACCUGGGCUCGACGGGCCCGGCGCUGUGCCGCGACGGCGUGGUGCACGCGUGCUGCGCGCUCGAGGCGCUCGCGCGCGCCGUGCACGCCGACGCGUCUGCGCUCACGCAGAUACUGCAGCAAUCGGAGCGUAACUUGGAGCUGGGCCAGUUGCACGAGGCGAUGAUGGCGAGCACGAGCGCACUGCAGCAGCAGCUGAAGGCGCUGCGCCGCCGCCUGCCGCCCGGCGCCAACCUGUCUGCAGCUGGCAUCGAUCCGCAGGUGGUGGAACGUCUGCGUGGCGACAGUGCGGCGCUGCUGUGGCGCUGCAGCCGCGCGGCGGCGCUGGCGGCGAGAGGCGCGGGCGCAUGCGCGGCGAGUGCGGGUGAACGCGGCGAAGGCGCGCCGCUCAGCCACAGCGCCCUCUCCGCGCUGUGGGCCGCCGCCGUCGACAAGGUGUACCAGCAGGACGACCACGGGCCUGUGCGCACGAUCAAACACUCGCUGUCUGUGAUCACCGCUGACGUUACCAAGCUGGCCAACUUCGCGCAGGAGAAGGAGUACGACAUGAUGUCGCUCACCAACGUCACAACGGAGAAGCCGAUUCCGCCGGUGGUGCUGCGAGCCCAGCUGGUCAAGAAGCAGUUGGAAGAGACAAAAACGCUCACCAUCAAGCUGGAGAACAAGGAGGCCGACAUCAAAGAGCUUCGGAAAGCCCUCAAGGCCAAGCAGGAGGAGUUAUCGGAGAUGCAGAUCCGUCGCGAGCUCGGCGAACGCAAGCUGUCGGCCGCCGCGCGCGACCACGAGCUGCGCGCCGAACAGUUGCAGCGCAAGCUCGACGACGCGCACAACCAACUGCGCAGGAAGGAGAAGGAGUUCGAGGAGACGAUGGACCACCUGCAGCAGGACAUCGACUCGCUGGAGAGCGAGCGCGGCGCGUUGCGCGACAAGCUGAAGCUGUACGCCAAGCGCGGCGGCGUGCACCACGCCGUGACGUCACCGGUGCCCGCGCGGGACUACACACCGGUCUCGACGCCGGUCGCCGCUCCGAAAGAAAUGCAGGAAACCCCGGUGAAGGUGGCGUCAGGCGUCGCCACCGGAGAGGUCAACGAGGCGUUACAGCAUCAGCUCAAGGUCCUCAGCUGGCGCGUGGAGCGCGAGCGCGCGGCGCGCAUGUCCGCGUGCCGGCGCGCCGAGCGCGCGUGCGUGCGCGCCCUGCGGCCGCUCGAGCACCCCGCCGCGCCCGCCGCGCGCGCGCGCCGCCACGCCGCCGCGCAGCUGCACGCGCAGCUCGCGCAGCUGCAGACCGAGUGGACGCUGUUCGUGGCGCGGUCGGGGCUGGUGAAGUUCCCGACGGAGCCGGGGCAGUACGCGCGCGCGCUGCAGCAGCAUCGCGACAAGCAGCGCGAGAUACGCCGCCAGCUCGAGGAGCGUCUGUCGGCGCUGCAGGCGGAGGUCCGCUCGCAGCUGUUGCUGCACCGGCCGUGGCGCUGCGUGGAGGCCGACUUUGCGGAGUUCCCCGCGCCAGAGCUCGCCGCUUCGCUGACGUCGAAGGCUUUAGACGUCGGCACCAUCGAGUACCCCGCGGCGGCGGACGCGCCCCGCGACGACACCAUAUACGUCACCCCUUCACAACUCGCCAAGUUACGCGAGCUGGUGCAGGAGUUGCAGGCGGAUGACGUGAAGCUUGAGCUGUCGCCGCUGGAGAACACAGUAUGCGCUGCCUAAUCGUGCAGCCGUACUGCCCGAAACUAUAAGAAAGACUCUUCGCAACACUUACCUCACUAAGGGAAGCAAAAAUUUUCACAAAUAUACACUCUAUUUUCAUAUUGAUAAUGCCCCUAGGGUUUACACAAUAGGGGACCGGCCUAUGCUUGAUUUUGUACAUUAUUCUAUAUGUAAUGGUUAAUAAUACGAAAAAGAAGCACUCCUGCGAAAACUACAUAAAUAUUGGUUAAAAAAUGAGCCAGUAAUUCAUAUUUAAAAUAUUAUAAUGUGCAGAAGUGGGCGCGAUGUGGGGAUAUCGCUUCAUAUCUUUCUUUUGCACGUGUCGUAAUUCCCGAUGACGUCACAUGUGGGUAUUUCGUCUCUUUUCUGUUUCUUGUUAAUUACCCCUUCUACCGAAAUUCAAAGACUUAUAACUUGCUGAUUUUUUACCGGAUUUCAAUAAUUCCUUCUGUGUUAUAAUUUAUAUUAUUUAAAUAUUUGAUAAUAGUAAAGAACAAAAAUGAGUCCGGUACCCUAUUGUUAACGCUAAUAAAAAAGUGAAAAAGAUAUGGGAAUGACAUAACCUAUCGAUAAGGCUUUUUUUGAUAGGACUUUCAUUCUUAUACAUAACGUUAAACGAUUGUAUAAAGGUAUUUUGACUAAAGUCCCUGUUUAGAUCUGUAUGUAAUUUUUUUUUCACGCAAUGCAUAAUAAAGGGAAUACUAAGUGUUUCAAAAUUUCCACAAGCAGAAAGCAACGGAAUUGAUAAAAUUGUUGCCGUAAAAUUACAGACAAUAUUUCUAUAAAUCAGCCAGUGUGCUUAGAAUGUGUUUUUUUUUAUAGUGUAUCGAAUCGCUAUCGAUUAUCGAUUGCGUCAAUUCUGAGGCUCGGAUCGGUCCCUUUACCGCGCAACACCCCCUCUGAAGUGGUGGGGCGCAUCUUCGUGGAUGAAAUGACCCAUAACACUGUCAGAUAUCAAUAUCAGUCCGCUUUAAAGUGGCGCCGCUCUGGUGGCGAAAUCUUUUAUAUUCUCGUCAUAUCAAAGUAUACAAUGUGUUAAUGAAGAUAUAAUUUUUCCUUCCCUGAGUGUGGUUAGGUGUUAACAGAUUCAAGUCCUACAGCACUACGCACAUUGGCUAAAACAAAUAUAAUAAGAAUUUUUACAUAAAAACACACUGGAAUAUCGAUUUUAUUUGUGUUAUGUCUAAUUUUAAUCGAUGUGCGUUUUGGUUAUUCGGCAAACGUCACAGCUUUCUGGAACAUACAUACAAGUUCAUCAACGUUUCCGGUUGAGUCUAAUUUUCGACAGGAACAAAAAUGGCAGCUCAUUGCUAUUACGCAGUUCUGAUUGUUAAUAUUUAGAUAAUUCGAUUUUAUUAGCAUAAGUUUAUGUAACAUUUGCUUUACUUUUGAUAGCGUUAUACCUUUGUCUAUGGGCACAUGCUCAUUUAACAUACGCGUGCUUGACGUUAACUCUUCGCCUGCCUGACGUCAGUCUGAGACUAAGCUGACGUCAAUACAUUUAUCAUUUUUCUUUUUGUUUUAAAUUUUCUGGGACCCGGUAUAUUUAGUACCUGACUGUAAUAUGGUUAAAAACUUGCCGCGUUUUCUGUAAGGCUGGCAUAAUUCCAGCGAUCGCCGCGACCCAACGUAUUUUAUUGUUCGACGCUGUACUUGUGCGUAGUUACUUUUCACGUGCGAUUAAAAAUAAUUAGAUUUUUGUAAAAAUAAAAUAAAAUGUCCUUACUUUUUGCCCAACAUAGUUUACUUACUUAAUAAUUUUAGUAUCUAAAUUGUCUAGUAGCACCGUUUUUGGACGAAAUCGCGAGGUUCUGGGUUCGCUCCCUGAGUGGCAGAAACAGCUGAUUUAGCAGAUUUUCGCUAUUUCAUGUUAGAGUUAUACCCAAAAAUCGGAUGUCAUUCUCGAUCGUCACUCACACGUGACAUUCGGUGUAAUGCUGAACCGGUUUUGACAGUUUUAUAUACAGGUUGCUUUAUUUUUCAUGCUCUCAAAAAUAAAGGGUGUUUCAUGUAAUUUAUUAAGUAUUUUUUUUUAUUAUUAAAAUUGUUUUAUAUAAUUAUAAAAUGUUUAAUGCAACUAAUUUUUAAGUAAACAAUGCCUAGCUUAAACAUAAAAAUAUUGUUUAUUCAUUAUUUUAUAGAUACUGUUGUAUAAUAAGUAUUAUGUACUAUAUUGUAAUAAAUUUUAUAUCUUAGUAAAAUACGUUAUCACAAUUUAUUUAUCAUGUAGGUUAACUGGCAAUUUUAACUUAAUUAAUGGUGGGUAACAAGUUUGGGUCUAAUCUUAAAAAUUGAGCAAACGCGUGUGGUGUUCUUUUAUCGAACUCACAGUCUUUUGAACCCAGUACCCUACGGUUCGCAGCUCAAAUAAGCUGCCACUGUGAGUUGAUAAUAAGUGCAAAUGGUCUCACUCGAAAAAAGGUUCACCCAAUAUAUUUUGGUAUUAGAGGGUGUUUCAAAAUAUAUGUACGUAAAGAAAUGUUUUUUUUUACGAUUUUUCCAUCUCAUUUUUUUUUGUUUUGUUAAUAUUUCUUUCAUAGAACGAAUGUAUAAUACAAACAAAAAAAAUUACGUCAGAAAAAUUGGUAAGAAUAUUAUGUAAAAACUAUUUCGAUACGUACAUUUAUUUUGAGAAUCAUUCCUUGACUACUUGUUUGGUAAUUAUGUCAAGUUCGAUAGAAUACACAGAUUAUAUUUGCUGUUUUCGUAUUAGCUUUGUUGCGAAAUUCUGGAGAAAUAAAAAAAAAUGCUGAACAGCGAUUCAAAAUCUGAUGAUACUGCAGGAGUUAUUUAGCAGUGAAGCAAAUUGAAAUAUUUCGUGCAGACGCGUUCGCCUUGUGACGUGAAAUAUCCUAAAUUUCAUUCGUGUUACGAAAAUUGUGGGUUUUAGUUGGCUGUGAGCUGACAGACGCCCAAACAACAAGUGCUCAAAAUUAUACAGUCAAGUUGAUGGUAAAAAUUGAAGGCAAAUGUAUGCAAUAGCAUUGGUUGAGGGGUGCCUUAACUGACGGGCAAAAAUGACACUAAUUUCUUAACGCGAAAUAACUAGUAUUCCUUGGCAAAAUGUUGAAAUCGUCUGCGCGACGCCUUAAAGUGCACACAUAGCGAGGUAUGAAUUCGGUGAACAUGUUUAUAUCAUAUAAACAGUGGCGGACUUUGCUUAAGGCCGACUCGGUUCGAGGUUCGGUAGACUAGUAUUGAGCGCGGCCAAAUUACAACUAAUGGGGGUAGUCGAAAAUAGGCCUUAAGAACAGCAGUGCUUUAAACAGGCUUGGUAGUGGCAGGGUAGGACCUAGACCGGCCAAGAAUACAAGUCCCCCACUGUAUAUAAAAUGCAAUAAAUUAUAUCUGUUUCAAACCAUGUACUGUAUAUAAAGAAAUGUAUUUACUAUAGUAUUACUACUUACAAUAAAUAAACUAUUAUUUAUUGAA